AUGGAGGAGGUCAGCAUCUCGGGUCAACUACUCCGUGAACUGGCCGAGUACUCCAAAGUUCAUUUCUCUCGGGUUCCGGUCGUGCUCGACUAUCUCGAAAUUCUUCUCCCUUGCCUAUCAAGAUCCCUACGAGAUAUCACGACCUAUUACGAAGACAGAACUCUCACCAAGGAGAAUCGUUGGCGGAAGAUGUACCACUCGAUGACCCAAGAAGCUGGGGGCCUUUCACUACCACAGCGCUUUAUUCUUUACAAUCGUUUUCUGUCCCUGCUACGGGAAUUGCUAUUGAGGUUAGUUGCCAAUACUCAUUGGACACCCGUAAGAGCCGAUAACUCACCGUUGCGAAGAUCGCCAAAUUUUGACUUCAAUACUAUGGAAUGCACUCGAUUGCAGUUGAUGCAACUCAGGGAAGCCAGAGGCAUUCCCCCUCCCCCUAUUCGCCUUGAUUCAACAAUUCGUCCCGAUUCUAUGCUAGAUGAUGAUUCGGGCAUCGCGAAUAGUAUCCAUUGGGCUGAGAAAAUCUUCUCUUUACCCCUUCCCUCCCGGACUCCGCUUAAACAUCAGCAGUCGUCCAAAGCAUAUGGCCCACACGCUCCCUGGAGCCAGGUUCGCAUGCCAAGUGAUGCAAGAAUCCUUUUCAUUCGUUCUUUCAAUGAGCGCCAGAUAACCCUGAUAGUAUAUCAGAGUGGUCGAGACAGAUGCCCAUAUUUCCUCUUGCGAACGUUCCACAUGGGAACUCCAUGGUUUUCGCUUCGUGGCGCACACGAACUAUGUGUCGAACGCAAUGGGAGCAGUCUUCAGUUCUGGCGAUGGAGUUCUAGUGAACACUGCCCCAAGAUGUGGGCCAAUCUUUGCUUCAUGACGUGGGAAGAAUUGGUGCUCGUGUACUGCUGCUUUUUGUCUUUCAAGACGCGCAACAGUCUUACAGUACAGGUUGCAAAUGAAGACCUCGCUCUUUGGGGUGAACGAAAACUGUUCCAAGCUCGAAUCGUGGACGACGGUUUCAUGCAUUCUCUUAUUGUAUAUGAGGACUAUGUGACAAAGGGUGUUCGCCUCCACGCUGCAGUCUGGGACGGUGACCUACGCCAAUGUCCUGUCUGGACAGCUUUCAUCACACAUCAGUCAGCCUCCCCUAAAUGGAUAAAGAGAGUCAGCAAGACCAGAGUCCGACUUGCUGACAUUCAACUCUACGUCUUUUGCCAGGAAUACCGGCAGCAAAACCAACGAAUCAACCGUGCAGGAGCUUUCGAGAUCCGAUUUAUGAGUGAAGAAGCGGCCAAGCGUUUCAAAGAGCUCUUCUCUCCUGCGCUCAUCGACGACAGCACCGCCACAGAGUCGACACAGACUUAA